CCGAGGCUGAGGCGGCCUUGGAGGCGCGCGGCGCCGGAGACAUGUCCAGGAGGAAACAGAGCAACCCCCGGCAGAUCAAGCGUUCCCUCGGAGACAUGGAGGCCGGAGAGGAAGCCCAGGCUACGGACGCCACCCUCACAGAGUGCGAGGCCGCACAGCCAGAGCCCGCGGCCUUGGGGGAGCCCCAGCCCCCAAGCCCAUCCAGAGCAGACACUGGUCUGCCUCCACCGCCAGCAGCCCCCAUGUCCCCAGGAGGCCCUGAGGAGACGGAGGGGCCGGAGCCAGAGACGGCAUCCCAAGAGGAGAACGGCAGCCCCUGGAGGGGGCCAGACGAGCUGGAGCUGCUGCUGCAGGACGGCCAGACGCGUGUGCGGGCCCGGCGUGGCCUCGCCCAGGGCCUGGCCUGGGGUCCGUUCCCGGGGAGCAUCCAGACCGCGGCCUCAUCCCCCCAGCAGGCAGAACUGGAUGGAGCCCUGCCCCUGCUGAGGGUGGACGAGGCCUGCUGGCUGAAGACGCUGCCCCAGGCCCUGACCCAGGCUGAAGCCAACUCUGAGAUCUACAGGAAGGACGAAGCCCUGUGGUGCAGGGUCACCAAGCCGGUGCCCGAGGGUGGGCUCCUGAGCGUGUUCCUCGUGGCCGAGCACUGCAGCGUCCCCAGCCACCCCGUGAAGAAGGAGCCCGCAGAGCCCCAGGGCCCGGUCCCCACGCCCAGCGACAUCCGGCUGCUGCCCCAGCAGGCCGGCAUGGCGUCCAUCCUCGCCACGGCCGUCGUGAACAAGGACGUGUUCCCUUGUAAGGACUGCGGCAUCUGGUACCGGAGCGAGCGUAACCUGCAGGCCCACCUGCUCUACUACUGCGCCAGCCGCCAGGGCGGCUCCCCGGCCGCGGCCGCCGCCGACGAGAAGCCCAAGGAGCCCUACCCCAACGAGCGCGUCUGCCCCUUCCCCCACUGCCGCAAGAGCUGCCCCAGCGCCAGCUCCCUGGAGAUCCACAUGCGCAGCCACAGCGGAGAGCGCCCCUUCGUGUGCCUCAUCUGCCUGUCGGCCUUCACCACCAAGGCCAACUGUGAACGCCACCUCAAGGUGCACACAGACACCCUGAGCGGUGUCUGUCACAGCUGCGGCUUCAUCUCCACCACAAGGGACAUCCUCUACAGCCACUUGGUGACCAACCACAUGGUGUGCCAGCCCGGCUCCAAGGGGGAGAUCUACUCGCCAGGGGCCGGCCACCCGGCGGCCAAGCUGCCCGAUGCUCUGGCCGGCCUCCAGCCCCACGCGGCCCUUCACCGCCCGCUGGCCACACCGGACCUGGGCCUGACGCCCACCUCAUCGCCAGGAAAGGACAGGAAGGUCCAGGCCGAGGCCACCAACGGAGAGGCCAAAGCAGACCCCCAGAACGGGGGCGGCCACGAGCCCCCCGUGGCCCCCAGAACCAUCAAGGCUGAGGCGGCGGAGGAGCCGGAGUUGGCGCGCGCCCCGGGCCCCGGCGAGCCCGCACCCCAGGCCCCCUCGCGGACGCCCUCCCCACGCAGCCCGGCCCCGGUGCGCGUGAAGGCCGAGCUGUCCAGCCCCACGCCGGGCUCCAGCCCGGUGCCCGGGGAGCUGGGCCUGGCCGGGGCGCUCUUCCUGCCGCAGUACGUGCUGGGGCCGGACGCAGGCGCCCCGCCAGGCUCCGCGGCGCCGCAGGCCUCGGAGAUCCUGGCCAAGAUGUCCGAGCUGGUGCACGGGCGGCUGCAGGCAGGCGCGGCGGGGGCGCCGGCCCUGCUGGCGGGGGCGCCCAAGGGCGCCACGUGCUUCGCCUGCGACAUCACCUUCAACAACGUCAGCAACUUCCUGGUGCACAAGCGCCUCUACUGCUCUGGCCGCCGCGGGCCCGAGGACGCGGCCGCCGCGCGCAGGCCCCAGGCGCCUCCGGGCCCCGCCGCGGAACCCGCCGCGGCGCGCUCCCCGCCCGGCCCCGGCGAGCGCGAGGGCGAGGCGGGCGGCGCGGACACGGCCGAGGCGGACACGGCCGGCCGGGGCAGCGAGGGCAGCCAGAGCCCGGGCAGCUCGGUGGACGACGCGGAGGACGACCCGAGCCGCACGCUGUGCGAGGCCUGCAACAUCCGCUUCAGCCGCCACGAGACGUACUCGGUGCACAAGCGCUACUACUGCGCCUCGCGCCACGACCCGCCGCCGCGCCGGCCGCCCGCGAGCCCCGCCGCGCCGCCCACGCCGCACGCGCGCACGCGCAGGCGCCGCAAGCUGCACGAGCUGCACGCCCCGCCGCCCGCGCCCGCGCCCGACUCGGAGCGCCCCGCGUCGCCGCUGCCCGGGGGCGGCGGCCCCACGCCCGCCGCCGACGGCCCCAUCGACCUGAGCAAGAAGCCGCGGCGCCGGCCCCCGGACGCGCCGCCCGCGCCCGCGCCCGGCCUGUCCGCCCUGGCCGACUACCACGAGUGCACGGCCUGCCGCGUGAGCUUCCACAGCCUCGACGCCUACCUGGCGCACAAGCAGUACUCGUGCCCCGCGCCGCGGCCCGCCUGCCCCUACUGCCCCCCGAACGGCCUGGGCCGGGGCGACCUCAUCGAGCACUUCCGCCUGGCGCACGGGCUGCUGGUGGCCGAGGCUCGGACGCCGGCCGACCGCGGCCCCCCAGACGGCCCCGAGCCGCGGGAGCCGCCCCGCGCGGCCAGCGGCAGCCCCCGGCCCGCCGCGCCGCAGUCCCCCGCCGCGCCGCCCGCCCCGGCCCCCGCCCCCGCGGACAAGGGCGCGGCGCCGCCGGUGCCCAGCGGCAACCCCAGGUACUGCCGCCUGUGCAACAUCAGGUUCAGCAGCCUGUCCACCUUCAUCGCGCACAAGAAGUACUACUGCGCCUCGCACGUGGCCGAGCACGUGAAGUGAGCCCGCGCCGCCCGCCUGCUGCCCCCGCGGCUCGGAGCUGCCGGGUUCCCCUGGAGAGUACGCACCUGCGGCCACGCGGCCACGCUGGGUCUCCUGGGCGGGGCGGAGGACAGCCGCCCCGCGGCCCCGCGGCCUCUCACUGUGCAUGAGUCUGCAUGGAGAGCCGAGGCCGCCGCCGUCCCAGCGCUCACCGCACGGCGCUCACGUGUGCAUCUGAAACAAUAAAUGUCUAAAGGUGCGGGGAGCGUCAGGGACGU